UGAGCAACUUUUCACGAAAUCGAUUGUACGACACUUUGUUGCGUGACUGUCUUGUUUUUAAAGAGACUCCAAUAUUAUUAUUUUUUUUUUCAGUGGCAACAGUUUGGUCUAGCGGGUUUGAUCGGGUUGAUUUUAAAGUACUAAAAGAAUUGGACCUUCGGUCGUGCGGUAUACAGAGCUUGGGUCCGUUUUUAUUUAAAAACAUGAGAGCUCUAGAAGCGCUUUACUUGUCACACAAUUCUAUACUUACUAUACACGCCGACGCGUUUGCUGGCCUCGAUAACCUGCUGCAUUUAGAUUUGAGCAGGAACUUCGCCUUUAAGUUAAUAUACGACCCUAUUGGUAUAACCAGAAGUAUGCUAUUUGAACAUGCAGAUGUGUUCGCCCCCCUCAAAAGUUUGAAAUCAUUGGACUUUUCAUAUACCAGGAUGAAUCAGAGAAAUGUCGUGGCUUUCAGAAACUUAGGUAAAAGUUUAGAGAGAUUAUCAUUAUGUUCCGUCGGUGCUCUGAGGUUCGGCGAGAAUUUCUUAAGGGGAACCUCUUUAAGAAUUUUGGAUGUAUCUGGGGUAUCCAAUUUACUUUCUAGCUUCAAUGCAUUGCACGGAUUGGAGUCGACCCUCGAGGUAUUGUACGCGUCCGAUAUAGCUCUAACGACAUUUGAUGUAUUCGAAAAUUUCAGUAAUUUAAAAAUCUUGAAAUUGACCCGGAACUAUAUAACCACAGUGAGACGGCAGACGGCCACAUCUUUGAUAAACUUAAAAAUAUUAGACUUGAGUUCUAAUAGACUGAACAGUUGGUUUCAAACUAUAUUUAGUAACAUGGUUUCUUUGGAAGUAUUGGAUUUGUUAAACAAUAACAUUAAUAUUAUAUCAGAGGAAAUGAUGGACGACUUUGCCAAUGUUUCGUAUGUGGGUCUGUCGGGCAAUUCUUUGGUAUGCAAUUGUCGUUCAAACGACUUGAUAAAAUUAGCAGCAAUAAACGAACUGAGGACAACCAAUCGACCGAUUCGAUCUCUUACAAAUAAAGGAGGAAGGUUCAGCUAUCACAUUGGAUUCGAUUAUGUAAACCAGCGACUUGCUCACCGAAGAAACAUAUCCUAUCUUUGUGAACGGGGAUUCUGUGAUAACGCUGAUCAUUUAAACGGAAUAGUAUUACUCUCUGAUUAUAGCUCGGCUACGUACAAUUGUAUUAUGACCCGUGAAAGUAAAUCUAUACCUAUGGUCAGAGUGACGGGGUGUAGUGAAGAGAGAAGAAGUCGUGAUUUGUCGUCACAACUGGCUACGGGAUGGAAUAAGCUUUUUAUUCUGUUAUUAUUGCCUUGCCUCCUAUUACCAUUGUCUUUGGGAUUUGUGUUUAGGAGGAAUCUGAGGUAUUUCUGUGUCACAUUGAAGAACUCCGCUUUGAUAAGCAUGGUGAAUAAGAAUAGAAUUAUCGAUGACGACACGAUCUUUAACUACGAUGUGUUCGUGUCGUAUUGCAACGAGGACCGUGCGUGGGUGCUGGAUCAACUGCUGGGACAUCUCGAGCGACAUUGCAGCAUCAGCCUCUGUCUCCAUGAGAGAGAUUUCCAGGUGGGAAUCUCGAUUUUGGAGAAUAUAGUCUCGUGUAUGGACCGUUCAAAGUUCAUUUUAUUAGUUAUCUCGAAACAAUUCUUGUUGAGUCACUGGUGUCAAUUUGAGAUGCACUUAGCACAACACCGGCUCCUAGAAACGCGCCGGGAAGAUCUGAUUCUCAUUUUACUGGAAGAAAUACCACGCCGAUUCCGCCCCAACACCCUACAUUAUCUGAUGUUGACCAAAACCUACAUAGUCUGGCCGAAGAACAAAUCUGAUCAGCACCUGUUCUGGAAACGCUUGGAGAAGAGUGUUGAAGCGCAGAAAAAUAAACGGAAGGAAAACGUUUCGUUGGCGUAACGGAAAAUUUAAAGGGAUUUCUAAAUCUCUUAAUCCCUUUCUAAAAGCAGCUAUUUUUUCCACUAGAAAAAUACCUACACAGAUUUUGAUUUACGUAUACUUAUAUCCCACAAAAAUCAAAUUAUUCU